UUCCUAUCCCCAUGCCCAUCACUUCCGCCCUGCAGGGCUCACCAUUGCCGGCGGCGUGGAGAUGGCGGCGGCGGAGGCACUAAAGGCGCUGGGAGCCGAGCUGUCGGCUGUCACCGCUCACACUCGCAAGGUUCUCCGGGGAGUUGCGGACACCCCCAGCUCCCAGGGCCUCACCUUCCUGCAGGUGAAGAACCAGCUACUGGCCAUGUACCUCUCUGACCUCGCCUACGUCAUCCUGCGCAAGAUGACCGGGCACAGCCUCCGCGAGGAGCCCGCCAUCCUGCGAUUGGUGGAACACCGGACGGUUCUGGAGAAGAUGAGACCCAUCGAGCAGAAGCUGAGAUACCAGAUCGAUAAGCUGGUGAAGACGGCCCUCACUGGAACACUGGGCGUGGAAAACCCCCUGACCUUCAAGCCCAACCCAGGCAACCUGAUCAGUAAGCUGGAUGAGGAGGAGAGGGAGGUGGAGGACGAGGAGGAGGAGGAGGAGGAGGAAGAGGUGGAGGCGCCCCAGAAGAAGGAAAGUAUCCGUUCGUCUAAGAAGGUGUACGUGCCGCCUCGCCUGGUUCCGAUGGUCUACGACGGGGACGAGACGGCGGCGGAGCGCGAACGCCGUCAGCAGGAGCGGGCCAGGCGCCGGGCUCUCAGCAGCUCCCUGAUCCACGAGCUGCGGGAACAGUACAGCCAGGCCCCCGAGGAGCUGCGGGAGGGGCACGACUACCACGCCAUGCGCCAGCACCGCGAGCAGGCCCACAGGGUGCAGUACGAGGAGGCGAUGAUGGUGCGGUUGAACGUCCCGCGGAACGAGAAACGUCGUCGCCAGAGCCGCUCGCUGGCCAUGAGCUCCCAGCUCAGCUCCCUCACCCACUUCGGCAGCAUUGCCGCCCUGACUGGAGAGACGGAGUCGGAACCCGUCAGAAAGAAGCAGAGAGUCACCGCGAGGACCAAGAAGAAGAAGCAACGAGGCUUCCGCAGACGCUGACUGGCUGGCACCACUGAGACAGCGGGCAGACACCAGCCCCGAUCCGGACGGAUGAAGUGCAGGGGAUAGCCGGGCACACAGGGCCUGUUUGAUCAUCACCGUCCAUGCCCCACUCGCCCAGUUCACAGGCUGGGAUGUCCCUGUGGCCUUUUCCUCCAAUCAACCAGAUCUCCCUCACCUACUACACCCUGACUUCCCUACCCAUUCCCACCCCCUUUCCUCCGAUCAACCAGAUCCCAUUCCCACCCCUUCCUCCGAUCAACCAGAUCCCAUUCCCACCCCCUUCCUCCGAUCAACCAGAUCUCCCUCACCCACUACAUCCUGACUUCCCUACCCAUUCCCACCCCCAUUCCUCCGAUCAACCAGAUCCCAUUCCCACCCCUUCCUCUGAUCAUCCAGAUCCCAUUCCCACCCCCUUCCCCUUGCUACCCAUUGUCCCAGCCCCCACCGUCGGGUGAAUCACGACCUCUGUGUGAUACGUUCACUCUUUUGGAAUAAAAUCUUAACACA